ACAUGAUAAAACACCAGAGUAUUCAUGUAUCUCAUUGUGAGUAUCAUUUGACCCCUUGACCCCUUGACCCCUACCACAGCACUCUCACCCGUCCGACCAUUUCAAGCGAUUAUACCAUCAGAUUAUCGCUUGUAAUCAAUCGCUGGAUCUAAUUGACUUGCAAUACAAGACUUGAUAUCAAGUGUUGAAUCGAUUGAUCAGGUGAUAAUCGGUGACAAUAGCGAUGGCCAACUCGUCGUCGAAUCUGGCCUUUUGUCUGGAGUACAACAACCACAAGACGGAUAUGUUGGACGCGUUUGACGACUAUCUGCGGACAGAGUCGAUGGUGGACGCGAUGCUGUCGUGUGAGGGCCGCGUCAUUAAAGCCCACAAAGUGGUGCUCAGC